CCCUGUGGGCGGGAACAGCAACAGUAGAGAGUGAAAGUGAAGCGCAAGAAAGGAGUGAGAUAGACGGUGGAGACGAGGCUGUGGCGGCGGCUGUGGUUGACCGGGGUUCGCGCAGGGGGCGAGGCGGCCGCCCCUGUAUGCGUCUUCAUCCGCGCAUGGAUGACCACCUCAGCCUCCUGCAAUCACCCCCACCGAGCGUAACCAAAACCCGGGGCGACAACCUGGUGAACCACGGAUACACUGAGACAGAGGCCGACGUGAUGACGGUUGUGGCGUGUGACAACAUGCUGGAAGAGUCGGCGGCUCUCCCGGGCCACCACUCUCUGGACCGUUACGAACCGGAUCACGAAUGCUGCGAGAGGGUGGUCAUCAAUAUCUCAGGGUUACGCUUUGAGACCCAACUCAAGACCCUCUCUCAAUUUCCAGAGACGCUUCUAGGAGACCCCAAGAAGAGGAUGAGAUACUUUGAUCCUCUCAGGAACGAGUACUUUUUCGAUCGGAACCGGCCCAGUUUUGAUGCCAUUCUCUACUACUACCAGUCUGGGGGGCGCAUCAGAAGACCUGUUAACGUGCCCAUUGAUAUUUUUUCUGAGGAGAUCCGGUUCUAUGAGCUGGGUGAGGAGGCUAUGGAGAAGUUCAGGGAGGAUGAGGGCUUCAUAAAGGAGGAGGAGCGCCCGUUACCAGAGAAUGAAUUUCAAAGACAGGUGUGGCUGCUUUUUGAGUACCCGGAGAGCUCGGGUCCGGCUCGGGGUAUAGCGAUAGUGUCAGUCCUGGUCAUUCUCAUCUCCAUUGUCAUCUUCUGCUUGGAGACAUUGCCGGAGUUCAGGGACGACAACAGGGAUCCGAUCACCAUUGCGCCUGUGAUCAACGGCACACUCCCAUAUCUCGUCAGCCCUUUCUCAGACCCGUUCUUUGUGGUGGAGACGUUGUGUAUCAUCUGGUUCUCAUUUGAGCUGCUGGUGCGCUUCUUUGCAUGCCCGAGUAAAGCCACGUUCUCUAAAAACAUUAUGAACAUUAUUGACAUCGUGGCCAUCAUUCCAUACUUCAUCACCUUGGGGACAGAGCUGGCAGAGAGACAAGGAAACGGACAGCAGGCCAUGUCUUUAGCCAUUCUGCGCGUAAUUCGGCUCGUCCGAGUGUUUCGCAUCUUUAAACUCUCGCGUCAUUCCAAGGGGCUUCAGAUCUUAGGACAGACUCUAAAGGCCAGUAUGCGUGAGCUGGGUUUGCUUAUCUUCUUCCUGUUUAUCGGUGUCAUCCUCUUUUCCAGUGCUGUCUACUUUGCUGAAGCAGACGACCCAGAUUCGGGUUUUAACAGCAUCCCGGACGCGUUCUGGUGGGCUGUUGUCACUAUGACCACAGUGGGUUAUGGGGACAUGCACCCUGUGACAAUCGGGGGUAAAAUUGUCGGGUCUUUGUGCGCCAUAGCUGGUGUCCUGACCAUUGCCCUGCCCGUACCCGUCAUCGUUUCCAAUUUCAACUAUUUCUACCACAGGGAGACUGAGGGUGAGGAACAGGCACAAUACCUACACGUGGGCAGCUGUCAGCCCCUCGCAGACACAGAGGAGCUGAGGAAGACGCGCUCCUCUUCCUCACUCAGUAAGAGCGAGUAUAUGGUUAUAGAGGAGCACGGGAUAAACAGCGCGUUCAAACAACAGCCCAACUUCCCCACCACCGCGCAAAACAACUCGCAGAAUUGUGUGAAUAUAAACAAAAAGAUCUUCACCGACGUGUAGCCAGAUUUAGUCAUAACCCUGAACGCAGGGAAGGGGUGAUGUGUAAAGUCAACACACAGCUGGUUCUGUCGUUACGCACCAGAUUGUGGAAGCAGCAGAAGAUCAGACGAGUAAGCAAAAGAAUAAAAAAAAGAAAGAAAGAAAGAAAGAAAGAAAGAAAGAAAGAAAGAAAGAGCAAACCCUGUCUGUUCAGAGACGCUGCUUUGUGCUCCAUUCAAAGAAUCAGGAUUUUUCCAACUCAGUGAAUUCAUAAUUCUGUUUGGUUCCAUUCGCGCUUGGAGAGAAAGAGCUCCUUAAAGUAUUAGGUCCAUUUUUUUUUUCUUAUCUGACUGAGGAAGGUAGACCUGUUGUGCACUGUGCAACAGCCAUCACUACUAUCAGACUACAGGCAGAAAUAGAAGCUUUUUAACUGUGAAAGAUGACUUCAAAUGUAAACUAUAGUCGAAGGACACUCACAUUGUAUUAACAUGCGUUAUGAGUCGUGAUUCGUCAGUCAUAGCCUAUGUAUAAUAUUCAGAAUCAUUUAAUUAUGUGUGUGUGUUCAAACACAUGUAAUGUCUGAAACACAGUUCAGCAUAUAUUAUCUCAAUUAGACCGUUCUGUGCUAUGCCUUUAUUGUGCGUUAAAGUCUAGUCCAAUCGCUACUGUCGUUAAACAAAUAACACCCACCCUAUAAUUCCUUCAUAUGAACUGUCCUGGUAGGUUAUUUAAUGCGUAAAAAGGCAUCAUGUAAACACACAGACCAGCAGACUGUCAGUGUCUCAUUAACUGUGCAAGACACACGUGCGAGAGGAGAAACACACAGAGCUCUUUUACGCACACAUACACCGAUCAAAGAUGGAGUGUGCUUCUCUUUGGAUGCCUCAAAUAUAGCCCGCUGUGAUGCAGUCUCCAUGGCAACGGUCGUUUCCUCGGUAACCCCAGUCACCGUUGCCAUGGCACCCUUGUUUCCACAGUAACCUCCCAGAUGGCUUGGAAGCUAUAUUGAAGAUUAUCAUCUAAAUAGCUCGUCUUGGGUCUCUAAAAAAGACUGUUUUGUCAUCACGCUUCGUGUGCGUAAAAAUCCAAGUCCAAGAAUCGCCCAGCUCUACAAGUCCACUGACCUAUAUAUUUGCACAAAAACAAAUUGGAGCAAGGAGGUCUGGUUUCAAAUUGUCACUACGAACUGCCCCUAUAUAUAUAUUUAAAAAAAAAAAAAAAAACCGAACCAGGCACAAUGUUUAGGUGUGACGAGCGAAUGGAGAGGCAGAGCGUGUGGAAUUAUGAAUGGACUGGGAGCACAACGUCUCCGGCUGUCUGGAGUGCACUACUGCGGGCGCUCAGCAGAGGGUGCUGUACUCCCACUGGAAAAAUUGGAGUAAGCUGUUCCAUUUUAUGCUCAGACCUCCUGAAAACCCCUGAUGACCCCAAUUAUACUGGCUCCCAUUUGGGAAUGCAAUGACUCUGGUCUUCACGAUGAGGCCAGACGGACCAAAGUUAAGAAAUGAGACAGAACUCUGAUCGAUUUCUCUUCUCCUGCCCUUCUCCUCAUGACCGGUGUCCUAAAACCUCUAACAAGUGGUGCCUCGCAGUUCUUCCCCUCCAGUGGAUCACCAUGCAAAAGAAAAUGCAACAAAACGCAAAAUGCAAUCCCAAGAAUGAAAAACAGAAAUGCAACAUAUUCCGCUAGUUUUGUAGCAACAAUUUUACAACUACUUCUCUUCUGGAGUUAGUGCACUGUGAGUGGAACCAGCACAGAAUUAAACGCAAUUCAGGCAGAAAAAUAAUUCAGCAAGAACUCGUAUUACAGACUCUGACAAUUCUCCAUACAGCUUUCUUCAUACAAUUCAAAAAGGACAGUUUCAAGAAACAGCCAGCGAUUUUGCAAAGCACAUGUCAUUUCUGGAAUUUACAAGGAUUUCUACAUUCUGUAUUCAUGUUUCUGGGGACUGAUUUUCAUUCUCGGAUAGUAAACAGCUUUUGCUUCAAGUCAAAAGUGGCAAAAACUGAGGCCAACCAUUUGCUGAUAUGAAACUGUGAUACAAAUCAAAGACUGUUAGCCAUAUGCCUUUGUUAGAUCUGUGUGCUCUGUAUUGCUACAGUAAUAUGUGAAACACACAUGUGUACAUGUGUUGGUUGCUGCUAUUCCCCUGACCUGCACAUGGAGAACAAUACAAAAACAUAUAUAGACAAAAGCAGACACACACACACACACACACACACACACACACACACACAUAUAAACAGCCAAUACUCUUUUCCCAGAGUGCACUGGUGUGUUUUUGGGAUGGCGCAGAAUGUUGUCAGGGGAAGGUUGUGUAUGUCAGUAUUUGUUCUGUGUUAUUCUGUGCUGUCCUAAACAUGACUCGUAUAAAGAGAUUAUGAAUUG